UUGUCCUCAUUUGUAAGUCGCUUUGGAUAAAAGCGUCUGCUAAAUGACUAACUGUAAAUGUAAAAAUCCUAUGGAUACUGACUAAAUAUCUUGUAUGUGUUUUGGCUUUAAUAAGAUUUCCCCAAUAAAUGAGCAGUUGCACAUGAUUCCUGUACUUUCUGUCAACAAAGCACUUGAAUGUGAUGAAGUUGUAACUGCAAUAUCAAAAGUGGGAAGUAAUAAUUGUCAAUAGCACGUGAACGCUGCUUUAACAGCUGACUAUAAGAUUCGGUGUUUGUCACAUUUUCUAUGGCUGCAAUGCAUUAGAAACGAAGGAAAAUGGAACAAGAAAUAAGAGCUGUUGUUCUGGGGUGGCAGAAAUCUGACAAAGCCUCAGUGAUAAACAGCAUUUUAGGUGAUAAAGUUGAGCUGGAUAAAUACUUUGUGAAAUCUGUGAGGAAAGAUGGUGAAGUGAACGGAAGGAAGAUAUCCCUGAUUAAUACUCCAUGUUGGUGGGAGAAUUAUGAUUUGCAAGACUCACCAGAGGCUGUUAAACAAGAGCUGGUUUGCAGUGUUUUCCUGUGUGAACCAGGACCUCACGUCUUUCUGCUGGUCAUUAAUCUCAGUUUGCCUUUUACUGAAGAAAACAGACUCACCAUCGAGAAGCACCUUAGUCUCUUUGGUGAGAAAAUCUGGAGACACACAAUAGUGUUGCUUACUCAAAGAGAUUCAGUGAAGAGCUCAGAUCUUCAGCGGAUCAUACAGAGAUGUGGAGAAAGAUAUCAUGUCUUUGAUUUUGAAAAUAAAAGUGUUGGAGUCAAAGAUCUACUUGACAAGAUUGAUGAUGUUGUGGCAGCAAACAAUGCAAAGCAUUUUGAAACACAUGAUGACAUGCUGCUUGACAUUCAGAGAAAGAGGGAUGAAAAUGAAAGAAGAGCAAAAGCCAGACAAGAAAAAGUUCAGGAAAAAGGAGACCUACUGAAAGAAAUAAACGCUGUGGCUCCGCUUUCAGAACUAAGAAUUGUUCUGCUGGGUUGGAUUAUGUCUGGAAAGAGUUCAACUGUUAACACCAUCUUCAAUCAUGAAAUAUUUCCAAUACGAAGAACUCAAAAGUGUACAAGUUACACUGGUGUAGUGAAUGGCAGAUCAGUAACUGUGUUGGACACUCCAGGCUGGUGGAAGUAUUUCUCAUGUAAAGUCAACCCAGAAAAUGCACGGGCUUCAAUCUUGAAGAGUGUAGGUCAGUCACGACAUAUGCAGUUCCCUCACGCCAUGAUCUUGGUGGUUCCUAUUGAUACUUCAUUCAAGAAUGAACAGAAAAGAAUCAUUACAGAGUAUAUGGUCGCUUUUGGAGAUCAUGUCUGGAGACACACCAUAGUUCUGUUCACGUGGGGCGACAGAUUUCCAGACAUCUCAAUCGAGCAGCACAUUGAGAGUGAAGGUGAUGCUCUUCAGUGGCUGAUUCAGAAAUGCAGGAACAGAUAUCACGUCUUUGACAAUACAAACAAGAAUAACCAAAAUCAAGUCACAGAUCUUCUCCAGGAGAUUGAUGAGAUGGUGGCAGAAAACAGUCUGUUCUCCCUCAAUCCUCAAUGUGCUGCAGAAGAAUACAUUCAUGAUGCUGACACACAACAAGAUGAAGACAUAAGUCUGGAUGAUGACCGUGUGCUGAAGUUACUACAGCAGGAGUUUAACAACAGGUUUAAGGAGAUCAAAAGUCGACUAAAACACUUAGGGAUGGAUUUCACUGGAUGUACAGAGACCAGAAGUUGCCGUAGCAUUUCAGAACCUCUAGACUUCUCAGCUGAUGAGAAACUCAAGGAAAAGAUUAGGACAGAAGGAAGCAGAUGGGAAGUAACUUUAAUGGACACGUUCUUGAACAAUCAGAAUCCUGAACCAUCGUUGGAUUUACGUGAGAAGGUGUUAGAGUGGCUUCAGAGAUGUGAUGAACACAGCUCAAUUGGAUUUGGAACAAGCUCAAACAUCAGCAAUCUAGAAGAUCCAGAGCCCAGAGACAAGACAUAAGAAACCGUUUACAGAAUAAAGCCCUCUUUAAGUAUGUUUUAUAUGCGUACAUACUAUAACCGAUACAAAGUCUUUGUUCUGAAUGUGCUUAAUAAUUGUGUAAGAAAUAUGUUAAUAAAUAUGUUAAUAUUUCUCAUUAAUAAUUUGAAUUAUUGUAUGUUAUCUAAAAACUCUAUUUUAUUAUGAUUAUUUCAUGAAAACUGAAGGUAACCUAAAUGAUUUAAGUCACGUUUAGUUUUUAUUUAGUUUGUUUCUGUUUUCCUGAGCCUUAGUUCCUAUUUUCUUGGUUUCCAAUGUAAGUUUGUUUUCUUGGUCUUGGACUCCAUGUCUUGUUUAGUUGCUUAUUAUGUGCCCUCACUUUCCCAUUCCCAUUGUUUGUUA